AUGUUUCUCUUUUGCCACCUAACUUUGCCAGAUGCACUGACGCUUUAUGGACAAAAGCUAACAGACUUUGAGCGGAAUGAGAUAAUGGGAUACCCAGAGAUCUGGUACCUUGGCCUGAAAGCACUAAAGAUUGCAGGGUCCAUUUACAAUGGCUGUAACUCUGGUUAUGAUAAUGAGGGUGGUCAUUACAUUAAGGUUGCUCAUGACCACGUCGCAUAUCGUUAUGAGGUGCUGGAUGAGAUUGGUCAAGGCACCUUUGGCCAAGUGCUUAAAUGUCUGGAUCACAAGACCAAUGAGAUGGUUGCUCUGAAAAUAGUACGCUGCAAUGAACGGAUUAAUAAAUUAGCCAUGGUGGAGGUGCAGAUUUUGGACACGCUGCGUGAGAAAGACAAAGAUAACUCCAACAAUGUCAUCCACAUGAAGGAGUUCUUUUUCUUCCGCAACCAUCUCUGCAUCACCUUCGAGCUUUUGGGACCAAGCUUGUAUGAUCUGCUUAAAAAGAGACAUCAUCAGGGUUUCUGCAAGACGCUAGUCCACCGCUUUGCCUGCUCAUUGCUGGAGUGCCUGCAGAUGCUUCACAAUGAGAAGAUCGCCCAUUGUGACCUCAAACCUGAGAACAUUCUGCUGUGCCCAGGUGACCACUUUGACACCAAGGUGACUGAUUUUGGAUGCAGCAGCUAUGAGAAUGAGAGAGUUUUGACCUAUGUUGGAAGCCGAUGGUACCGUGCACCAGAGGUUAUCCUACGUCAGCCAUAUGACACUGCAAUAGAUAUGUGGAGCUUUGGCUGUGUCAUAGCAGAGCUGUUCACUGGCCGGCCAGUCAUCACUGGGAAAAAUGAGUUGGAUCAGCUGGCUUCCAUUAUGGAGGUACUUGGUGUGCCACCUACUUAUUUUACUGAAGAAUCAGAAAUUUGGGAGAAGUACUUUGAUUCAAAGGGGAUGCCCAAGAUAGUGAUCUUUCCUAAAAGACAUCCCAGGACUAGACCUCUGGCCAGUAUUCUGAGGACCACUGAUCCAACCUUCUUGGACUUUUUGAGGCGCUGCCUGACGUGGGAUCCAAAGAAGCGCAUGACCCCAGAGGAGGCCAUGCAGCAUAAAUGGAUCGUGGAUGGUUGCAUUAAAAAUCCCAGCCAGCAGCGACGUGAACAGAAGCACAGCACUGGCAAGAACAUCACUGAGAUUCCCCUUCUCAAAACUGCUGAAAACGGCCGUUUACAGCAGCAGGUUAAGAAAGACCUGAUCAACAAUCGGGGGCCAUCAAAGGAAGUUGUGUCGGUCCCUGACUCUGGCCCAUUGGCAGGACCUUCCAAUGAGCCAAAUCAAGGACAGCCACAAAAAAUAUGUCCCAGGAAUGGUUUAUUGAAGCGAUUGACCAGCAAGCGUCUAUCAAAGCCCUAG